GUUUGCGACUACUACAAUUAAACACAGAAGAAGCAGCAGCAGCAUUAGAAGAAGAAAAAUUAGAGGCAAUGUCGUAUGUGAAAUUGGUGUCACUGUGCGCCGCAGCUCCGGGUCUGACGGCCCUACUGAGCGGCUCAGUGCAGGCCGCUGCUGCUGCUGAGGGAAAGAAGAAGAACACAGAGCCGGUGGUGAACCUCCAUGAGCUGCCGUCUUUAUACACCAGACCUGAACCAGAGCCUGGUCGCGUGGAGCCAGAGGCCGGACCACUGGAGCAGAGCGUAGCGUCACUGAGGAAAUGGGCAGAGCCGUACACUGACCAGUGUCAGCAAACCAGUCAGACUGUGAUGGAGACAGCUGAGCGAAUUUACAAGACCAUGGAGCCGACCAUCGACACGUCACUUAAUAAAGUCACAGGUGUCUACCAGGUCCUCAGUGACCCGCCCGCUGACCUUUACCCCAGUGUCGCUGUGGUAGGAUUCUCUGGCUUCCUGGGUCUUUACGUGGCCAAAGGCUCCAGACUGAAGCAGCUGGUAUUUCCAGUUGGACUCGUGGCUCUGACUGCCUCCAUGUUCUACCCUCAGCAGGCCGCUGCCAUUUUAAAGGUGAGUGGAGACUCUGCGUACAGCUGGGCCCAGCGUGGCCGUGUCGCCGUGGAGACGCUGUGGAAAGAUCCACCGUUUACCAAAAACAAGUCUGAGAAGAAAGAAACGGAGAGCAACGAUGACUCGAGAAGCUGAGACGACACGAGUAACACACACACACUCUUUACAUGUUUCGAUUGACAGUCACCUGGAUUCAUUUCUUUCCAUGUCAUGUUUUCACCACAUUCUGUCUUUCUUGUUCUUUAAACUCGUCUCUUGCUUCAGUAAAGAGGCCAAAUAAUGAACUUUAACACACAAAUUCCAUAUGGGUUUGACUUAUGGUUUGUUGUCCAUGUAUAAUAACAGUAAUAAUAACAUGCUGUAUAUACUGUAUGUGAGGAUUUAU